AUGGUUGCACUUCUGUUGAGAGACCAGGCCGUAGCCUCUCUAUCCCAAGCGGAAACAAAAGUCCCAGCAAUCAUCAUCUGCAAUGUGAUUCUAAUUGUCGCUUCGACAUUGGGUAUAAUUGUGCGUAUAUUUGUCCGAGUUCGAUACAUUCAGUUUGGUUUGGACGAUUGGUUCUGUGCGAUCGGAUGGGCCCUCACAUCCGUGGAAUGUCUUGUUUGUAUAUUGAUGACGAAUUACGGAUAUGGCAGACAUAGCGACACCAUUCAUGACUCCAAAACAUUGGUUAUGUUCCUGAAACUCGACUUUGUCACGGAAAUUUCCAACGUUCUCGCUCUCGGGUGCAUUAAGAUCUCAUUCUGCCUCUUCUACCUCAAGAUAUUCCCUGGAAAAUGGUUCAGGAUCACGUGUUGGUCUGUACUAGCCAUCCUGACAGGAGAGACUAUGGCAGACUUCUUCGUGGUGAUCUUCCAGUGUUCUCCGGUUUAUAAAGCAUGGGAUGCCGCUGGCGUUGUGGAAGGGAAAUGUUUGCAGCUCCUCUCAUUCUACUAUAUCGCAUUCGGGAUCCGGCUGGGAACGGAUAUCGCCCUUCUUGCUCUUCCUGUACCGAAGCUGCUCAAAAUGAAGGUCACGGGCGGGAAAAGAGCAGGCCUUAUUGUGAUGUUUGGACUGGGUGCACUAGUUACGGUGAAUAGUAUUAUUCGAAUCACCUAUCUCGGCAACUUAUCUACUGACCAUACAUGGUCACUCGUCGAUCCGCUUAACUGGUCAUCCGCCGAGCUCGGAGUUGGAGUGUUUAUCGCUUGUGUCCCUUCCUUCAAAGCCCUCGUGACAUUCCGCUUCCCCAAGCUGCGCUCGAUAUUCGGCCUUUCAAGCGGCCGUACCCACGGCGGGCGCUAUGAGAUGUAUGGAAACGGCACGACUAGUCGAUGGGCGACCCGCCCGGACGAUCCCCGAUCGUGGAAACGGUCCCACAAUCAUACGGUUAUGGGCACGGGCAAGCUGGGUGACACGCAGACCCAAACCGAGAUCGAGGCAAGUCGCAAUGGCUCCGAAGAGCGCAUUAUUUCCCACUCGCCCGAAGGAAUUCAAGUUACGACGGAUGUGAUCGUAGAUCGAGCCGAGAAUCAGCAGCUAGGUGACUCAAAUUGGCCUUUAGGAAGGUGA